AAUCGGGCCGGUAUGCGCAUGCGUGUCUGCGGCACCUGGUCUCUCCAAACAACGGCGAGAAGCAGCAGCUCUUAAGUUUGGGCCUGGAGCCCGAGAAGGCUCAAAGUUCUUCAUCUUCCCUCUGGCGGAAACUCAAGCACUGGAAGAGGGGUUCCGGGCCUGGCCUGCCCUGGAGGUGGCCGAAUGGAGACCGGGACCGUGGACGGGCCGCUGACCCGCCGCCCGUCGCUGGCCUCUUCCUGGGAUGCCGACUGCGGAGCCCUGGCCCAGAGGCUCCAUCUCACCCGGGCUGAUCUCGGCGCCCGGGACGCCCACUGGGAGGAGCUGCUGGCGCCGCCUGACACGAGCCAGGACCUGGUGGUUUUGCAAAGGAACCUGAACAGCCAAGAUGAAAACCCCUGCUUCCUUUACCUGAGAUGUGACCCUGGUGGAGGUGAAGAAAUCGUUUCUAUUGGCAUUUUAAGUUCAGCAAGAAAUAUGGAAGUCUACUUAGGAGAGGAGUACUGUGGAACCAGUAGGGGCAAGAAUGUUUGUAAUGUUCUGGACGACAGUGAACAUGAAAAGAUUACUUUGUACAAAAAUUACCUAAAAUUGGAGUCUUCCACACAUGCUUGUAAACUAAAGUUGCUCUCCUUUGGGGAAAGGCAGUGUGUGUUCAUCAGUAAAAUGGUGGUACACGUGAGGCCAGUUUCCACAAAUUCCUCCGCAAGCUCUCCUGCUCUAGGAUCAAGGAUAGACCUGGAGAGGGUCCAAACCAUCAUGGAGUCCAUGGGGUCAAAGUUAUCACCUGGAGCUCAGCAGUUGAUGAAUAUGGUUAGAUUUCAGCAGCAGCAUUGCGUUCCCAUUGGAGAGCAGCUUCAGUCGGUUUUGGGAAAUUCCGGAUACAAGCAUAUGAUUGGACUACACUCCUCGUCUACCUCAGGAGCCUUCGCCAAGUUAUCCUCCACACCUUUUCCUUUCAGAACUGGAUUGACAUCCGAAAACGUGACUGAAGACUUCAAAGCUUCCGUUGAUAAAAGUGUGCAGCCAGCUGGUGGAGGAGCCGUCACAAACUUCCAGGAGUGUAAAAUUGUGCCACAAAACCAUUCUCUUCUUGAGAAUGAUCUUAAGAAAGCAGUAUCUUCUUUCUUACCAAAGAAGGCGAGUGACAGCUCACAAGUACCCAACUCCGAGCUGCUGCCUCUCUUGCAGAAUUUAUGCAGCCAAGUGAGCCAUCUCCGUGUGGGGCCUACCAGCAAGUGGCAGGAAGGCAUCACUGCGCCCACUGAAGGCACUGUUGGUGUCACAGUGGAAGAGCAACCUGUUUGUUUCUACUUAGAAAAGAUCCUUUCUAAAAAUAUGGAACUGAUGGAAAAGAAGCUUACGGACUACAUUGAUCAGCGAAUAUAUAAACUCCAGGAGCACAUUGAUAAUAAGAUUGCUUUGUUAAUGGACUUGCUGCAACACCCCAACUCCCCACCCUCUGGGAUGCCUCUAAGACAUUAUGACUCUGGAGAAAGACUUUCAAAUGGAGAAAGAUAAGCACUCAGCACGUACUAUGUACUACAGAUAUUUAUUACAUAUUUAUUAUAAAGUCAAAACCCCCCAAAAACUUUAUAAAAAUCAAGUAUUUGAUGUUCUUUGAAAAAUCACCAUUUUUUUUCAAAAAGUGACCUCAGUGUUCAUUUUUACUGCACUCAUAAAUCCAGUACUGUAUCAUGAUAGGGUAAUAAGUUAUUUUUGUUUGCAAUAUUUUUCACUUACAGAAAUUUAUGUAUACUUCUGGGCUAAGCGUUUAAGAUUUUAUGAAUUUCUAAUGCAGUUCAUUAGUUUGUGUUGUAUGUGUAUUUCAUAGAAGUACAUUUUUUAUUUAUACAAAGGCUUUAGUCUUAUAAGUAUAAAAAAUAAUGCUUAGAAUAUUUGAUAAUUUUUCUUUUUCUAAUUGCUUGUUUUUGGAGAAUUGGAUAUUUAAGACUUAGAGCCUUUAAUUCAAAUCAGUGAUUUACAUUUUGUAUUAUUUGUCCCAGAUGAUGAAGAAGAUGCUAUAUUUGGCACAUGUAAAAUUAGUUUACACUGGGGUUUUUAAUAUUAUUUUUCCAGUAUAGUGUAGCAGUAGGUAGAGAAGUAAAAAAUCAGAACCAGCCUAUCCCUUGUUAGAAUAAUUAUUUUAGAUUUAGUGACAAUAUAAAAUGAGAGAAGUCAUCUUGUUUUAUCUCAGUCAACCCAGAAAGUAUCAGGUUCUCUCUUCCUUUCUGACUUGAUACAGGUCCCUCUUUUCAGAGCCCUUUUCUGCAUGUUUACAUUGUAAAAUGCUGUGGUUCUACAUUGAAGGGUUAAGGCAUAUGAAUUAAGGAGAUUGUAGUUCUCUCUGGCAGACUUAUUUUUAGAAAUUUGAGAAAUUAUAACUGUUGUGUGUGUGUAGAAGGGUAAUGUAUUUGUAUUUAAAAAAAUAAGUAUAUCCACUCUGGUAACUACUUGUCAAAGUAAAUAGAAAUUUUUUAUUUUCAACUAA